GAGGGCGCACACGGACAGCCACAGCCGCUGCGACAGCGCGGACUCCCAGCUCCCCGCAAGAAGGAACCUGGACAUGACCAGAAAGAUCUUCACAAACACCAGGGAGCGCUGGAGGCAGCAGAGCGUCAACAGCGCCUUCGCCAAGCUGAGGAAACUCAUCCCCACUCACCCUCCAGACAAGAAGCUGAGCAAAAAUGAAACGCUUCGCUUGGCAAUGAGGUACAUCAACUUCUUGGUCAAGGUCUUGGGAGAGCAAAGCCUACAGCAAACAGGAGUAGCUGCUCAGGGGAACAUCCUGGGGCUCUUUCCCCAAGGGCCCCACCUGCCAGAUGUGGAUGAAGGAACUCUCCUCAAUGACCCUGGCCCAAGCCAUGAGGCUCCCUAGGGUGGCUGUGCCGGUCAGCCCCCAGGACAGUACUGGUUGCAGAGUCCUGUGGUUUCAUGCUGCGGAGAGGUGUGACGCAGGAGGUGAUUGGGACAGAAGCUGAGAUCUGCAAAAGGACUUGAGGAAUGUUGCUCUGACCUCAUUGCCUCAGAACUUCAGGCAGAAUGACUUGUUCUAUAAGUUUGCACGAGACCAUUGCAAAAAAACAAAACAACCAUCUUUUUAAAGCUGCCAUCUCACUCAUGACUUCAGUAAUGACGAUUUCCUUCUAUUGGAUGUCUGAUGAAUGAGCAAAGCUUGCUGCCCUCUGAAUAUGUUUAAAAGUUUGCUUUGAAAAAGGAGACAUGUUUAUUGAGGGUAAAUACAAGAAAUCUUAAGAUUGAUGAAUGAAAAGGUAGCCACGGUGGAAAGGAACACAAGAGAGGUGUGGGGGUCAUCUCUGGAGGGAUGUCCCUUCCGAGCAGAGCAGUGAGGAUUAUGUGUGUGAAAGAAAGUCUCCAUAUCCUUCGACCUCUAUAGAAUCAUGAUCUUCUACUUUAGUUGAACCUCUGAAACCAAAUAGUGGAUUGCAUUCAUUCCAGGAAAAACCUUGGUAAUUUAGGAGCUGGACUUCAUAGUUUUCUUAUUAAAAGUUAGCUAAAAUGAGUGAGCAGACCACUUAGAUUGACACAUUGGGUACUAAAACAUUUAAUUCAGCCCACAUUACUUCUAACUUAAGUCCUGUACAAUUCUAUAAUUAUGAAAACCCAAAUAUUGCCAUUUUCUAUUUUGUUGAGAGCAAACAAUAGAAAUAAAGGAGCAGAAGCUAAUGACCUCGUGCAUUUAGCUUCACUUCCUGCCUCCCAGGGAGCAUCACCUGGGUCUUAAGCUGGAGGCAGGGGUGGAGCCCUGUGGAUGCUCCAGUCAUCACCACACACCAUUCUGGGCCUCACAGUACUUGGAUUCAAAGAUAAAUCUGGUAGCUGAGCCCCAAAUGCAGAUGUCUAUCUCUGGGACAUUUUAUUUCCCCAGAGUUCUUUUGGCUUUAUGAUCUUCUAAAUCACAGGUGGGAAAUCUAUGGAUUGUGGUUAUGAAUUUCCAGUGUCUACACAAUAUAGGACUUUAAACUUCUUGUCUCUCUAGAAAGUAUUAGAGUAACUGCAUCAUUAAGGUCAUUUUAGCCGACACACUUGUAGGACAACGGGUUUCCCUCUAAGUCCUUUAUUUAAUCUGCACUAGAUCAAUUUCCCCACAGAAACAGCAUAGCUUUUGAAGACUGGUAAGCACAGAGGCUGGCCAAGUCCUUCCUUCCACCCGAGAUGUGUAUACCAUUCUCAGCAUUUUGGGGAAGUUCAAGGUUGUCCCCAAAUUGCCAGGCAGUGGGACAUUUCAAAGUUUUUAUGGUAAAUGUCAACUAAGUAACACUACCCUCUCAUCUGGUACAUUAAAUAAAAUAUGUCUGACAGUGA